ACUUAUUUUAAUCAGUGCAAUUGGGUUUUAAAUCGCGUACAGCUGUUUAAUUUAUUAAGUGCUGGAGUUUUAUAAGAAAAAGUACUUUUGAUUUGUGAUAAAUAUUAACUGAGCAAUAACUAAAUUUCCCACCUUCUGCAAAAGUUAGUGAAGCAAGACGAACAGCCAACUACGAGAAAGCUACGUACAAAGGACGCGCACACUACUAAAAAUACACAAGAACAAUAACACAAAUAAAUAAACUGUUUUCUGGCGACGCACACACAAGUCGCCGCAACGAGCACAAUUACUAAGCCAGCACAAAUUAUGGGCGCUAGCAACGUCCUACAACAGCGCCUGCGUGGCAGCGGCUGCUACAUGUCCUUGGCCUGUUCCAUUGGCUCGAUGAGUUUGGCCUGCGGCAGCCUGCUGCAGAUACCCAAUAUUACAGAUCGCAUUUCGCUGCAGCGUGGCCUCUUCCUCACCUCGCUGGGUUUCAUAUACUUUGUGUCGCUGACAGAUUUCUGCAAUAAGUACCUGUUGAAGACGAAACGCGGUUUGCAGUUUCGCAAAAAAUAUCGCCUUAUGAUGUCGGAUGUGCUGGAGAUUACUAAUAAAAUCGUUUCCGCUAUACAGGCCACAUUCUCUUUUCUGGUCGGUUUCAUCGUAUGCAAGUCCUCGUGCAGCAAAUCGUUCGUGUAUGCCUCACAUUUCCUAAUGGAGGCAUAUGGUUGGUUUGGCACCGCUUACUUUAUGUACGACAUUUGGUCCAUGUACAAAGUGCACACACAGAAAAUCGCCGACAAAUUGAAGCUGAUGCGUUUGAAUGCAGCCGCCUCAGGUGCAAAUUCAUCAAAUGGCGUAUCACUAAAGAACAACAGCAAUGGUGUGUCAAGUGCUGGCGGUGACAGCGGUGAUGAGUCACCUGUUCGAGUGUCCGCUCAGCAACGCGAAAACGAUGACAUCUACGAUUAUGAUGGCGAAUGCGUGCAAAUACCGAAGGAUGGCAAAUGGGAUUUCAUCAAAUAUGUGAUCACGCAUCCGGUGAUGAUGAUACAUCAUGUUUUCAUUGGCACUUUCGGCCUGUUAGUCGUAACGUACAUACGCGGCGGUGGUCACUGCAUUUACAGUUACAUGUUCAUGAUGGAGUUCUCCACACCAUUUGUUUCGAUGCGCAGCAUACUGAGCACCAUGCGUUUGAAGGACUCGCGCGCAUACAUCAUAAACGGUCUGCUAAUGUUAGGUUCCUUCUUUGUGUUUCGUGUCGUUAUGUGGCCUUAUGUCAUGUACCGUUAUAGUGUGGCUAUAAAUGUGAGCUUCUGGCAGGCAUUGACCACUUUACCACGAGGUUGCAUUAUUAGUAUCAUGAUACUUUUCCUACCUCAAUUGUAUUGGUUCUUUUUGAUGGUAAAAGGUGCAUUAAAAGUCUUUUCAACGCCCAAACCAAAGGAAGCUGCACCGAAAAAACUCAGGCAAUCGAAAAAUAAUAAUCUCUCACCGGUAACACCGAACGCUGAACAUGACUUUAGUCAAAUUUGUGCAAAUGAGGCAAACAACGCUGGCACCAAACCGUCAGCAAUAGUCCACCGGCAACCAUUAGAAACCAAUAAUGGUCAAAUUUAGAUAGACCCACAAACAAGUUGAGUUUUAGAAGCAGCCAAAAGCAGUUAAUCGCUAUAAUAGUGCGCAAACUAGUAGAAAAAAUCCUAAGUGGCCCGGCGCCACAUGCGAAAUUUUCGUUAGCUGCUACGCUGCGCAAUUCAAUUAAGUUUGUACAAAUUGAGUUUGUGAUUAAUAUACUUAUACAUACCUACAUACAUUGUACGGCACAAUUUACUGAAUAGCUAAAAAUUUAUGUAAAAUUAAUUAAGUGACGAUUAACUCUCAAUUAACUUGUAUGCAUUUCCAGAGUCUUCUGUUAUAGAUUUGAUUUACGCGCUGCUGGACAAGCCACAAAAUAACAUUCUAAGCAAAGUUAACGUAUUAAUAUUUAUACAAAGCAACUGUUUAACUUAAAAAGCGAGUUGUGACUCCAAAAUAUUGAAAAUAUUCUUUUUUGCAACGAUUGUCUUCUGGUAUGUUCUUCUACUUAUUGCUGUAUAUGUAUAGGUGUAUUUGUGUAAUAGAGCGUAUACAAAAGCUAAUUAUUUUAGCAUUACACAUAAUCAUUUACAAUAAAUAAAUUACUUUUAAACAUUUAUUAAUAUUAUAUACGAAAUUUACCACAUAGCAACUUACAUAUUUGUAAAUGUAUAAAAAACAGAACAAAUAGCUAUUAUUAAUAAUAAUUUAAGUCAUGUAAUUUUGUAAAAUUAUAGUGAAUGCAGUACAACUAAUUUUUCUAAUAAUUUUUCUUCUUGAGUUCCUUUAAUUACUAACAUACGCAAAGACAUAACAAUUUGUGUACUUGAAUAUUGAUUAAUUAUAAAAUUGAAUUUGCACUUACAUAAAUUGCCCACAUAACUAAUAAACAAAUGUAUGUAUAAUAGAUGUGUAUUUAACAAAAAAAAAUGCAAUUUAUAAGCAUUUAUCGAGCUUCAGCAAAAUAUGUAGAAAAAUCAAAGCAAAACAAAACAAAUAAAAAUUGUACGUGAUGAAACAUGCAAGUUCUCGCAUUUUGCUGUACUUUCUAGUGAUGCAUUUUAAUGAGAUAAAAUGUUUUUGUGUUGUGAAAUAGACUACUAUACAACGGUAUAUGUAAAUGUACACCAGCAAAAUUCACAAAAUUUCAUGUGCUUAAUGUUAUCAUGUGUGCAGAAAAAUAAAGAUUACUACAAAUUGUGUGGCUA